GCGCGAGGGGGGCCUGCUUCUCUGCCUCAGGAUUCCGGAGUCGGUUCCUGCCUUGAGAGACGUUCGUCGGAGGGAAGGAGAGGAGGAGAAGCGGAGGAGGAGGAGGAGGGGGGCGAGGAGCCAGUGGCGCCACACGGCCGGCCCCUCCGAGGCUCCUGAGGGAAGGGAGGCCGGUUCUGAGGGGAAGGCGGGCGGGCGGGCGGGCGGCGCUGAGGAGGCCCGGCAUGUGGUGAAUCCCCCUCAGGCUUCGCGCUCCGGACCUCGACGCCGCCUCGGGAUGAGCGCGGCCGCUCCGCCUCAGGCCGCCGGGGCGCGGGGGCCUCCCUGCCGGGAGGGAGCCGCUGCCGGGACGGCUUCCCUGCGCGGAGCGGCGCGCCGGCCCUCCUGAGGGAGGAGGCGGAGGAGGAGGAGGAGGCCUGCUAGCUGCUCCGCCGACCGGAGAUUGAACCGCCGCCGUCACCCGCCGCCUCGUCUCGCCUGGCCUCGCUUGGCCCUCUUGGCCGCCGCCGCCUUCGCGAUGACGACCCCGGCGCUGCUGCCGCUCUCGGGCCGCCGCAUCCCCCCCCGCAACCUGGGCCCGUCGUCGUCGUCGUCGUUCCCGCACCACAGGGCCACCUUGAGGCUCUCGGAGAAGUUCAUCCUCCUGCUGAUCCUCAGUGCCUUCAUCACGCUCUGCUUCGGGGCCUUCUUCUUCCUGCCGGACUCCUCCAAGCACAAGCGCUUCGACCUGGGCUUGGAGGACGUGCUCAUCCCCCACGUGGACGCCGGCGAGGGGGGCAAGAACGCCGGGGGAGGGUACCUGAUCCACGGGCAGGGCCGCGACCAGCACAGGCACAGGUAGGCUCGCUGGGCAGGGGCAGGUGGGCACGGCCCUCAUGCCAAUGCUGAUGCUAUUAUUAUUAUUAUUAUUAUUGGUGGAAUGGGGUUGGGUAGUCCACGGGUCUCAACCUCAGUGAUUUAGGAGCUUCCCCUGCAUGCAAAGCCAAGCUCUGGUGGAUUGCGCAGACAAUACCAGUACAGUGGUACCUCGGGUUACAUAUGCUUCAGGUUACAGACUCCGCUAACCCAGAAAUAUUACCUCGGGUUAAGGACUUUGCUUCAGGAUGAGAACAGAAAUCGUGCUCCAGCGGUGCGGCAGCCGCGGGAGGCCCCAUUAGCUAAAGUGGUACCUCAGGUUAAGAACAGUUUCAGGUUAAGAAUGGACGUCCGGAACAAAUUAAGUACUUAACCCGAGGUACCACUGUACAGUGGUGCCCCGCAAGACGAAUGCCUCGCAAGACGGAAAAACCGCUAGACGAAAGGGUUUUCCGUUUUGAAGUUGCUUCGCAGGACGAAUUCCCCUAUGGGCUUGCUUCGCAAGACGAAAAUACCUUGCGAGUCUUGAGAUUUUUUUCGCUUCCCCCUUUAUCUAAUCUGCUAAGCCUUUAAUAGCCUUUAAUAGCCUUUUAGCAGCUAAUCCCUAAGCCUUUAAGCCUUUAAUAGCCGCUAAACCGCUAAUAGCGCUAAUAGCGCUAAUCCGUCAAUGGGCUUGCUUCGCAAGACGAAAAAACCGCUAGACGAAGACUCUCGCGGAACGGAUUAAUUUCGUCUUGCGAGGCACCACUGUAGUGGGUCCAGUGGUCAAGGUGGUUUCAGCAUAGUGGACUAUAUAGAGAGUCAUGAGGGCAGAUGGGGCUUGUCCACCUGGGAAGGUAUCUCAUCCAGGAGAAGGAAGACACUGAUCCUAAACGGCUGUUGCCUUGUGGGAUAUUUUUUGGGAGAAGAAAAGGCUAUGGAGUAAGCCAUUCACAAAUCCAGAGUGGCAACCCUAAGACUGUUGGGUGGCACUUUGUAUGCCUUCUUCCAGCAACUCCUGCAGCCAAGCUGGUGCCAAGCGUAUUGCUCUGCUUUCCUUUGGACCACAUCAGUGAGGCUGAGAGGGAGGUCUUGUCCUCUGGACAGCUCAGGACCUCCAUACACACCGCCUAAGCUUGCAGCCUGGGGAGGACAUGUCAGUGCUAAUGCAGCAAUUUGACUUCAGCCUUGGAGGUGCACUCCAUUGUGUCUCUAAAACAGACAGAUGCUGACAACAAGAGGGGGAGUGUUGUAUACAGGAAUAGGUUUCAGCCCUGGCUUAAUGUGGUGUGCGGCUUUGGUGAAGAAUCACUGUGUGCUGUCAGGUUACGUUCAUAUCACAGGUGUACAGAAAGAGGAGUUGUCAAGACCUGAUUCGCCAGUGCACCUUACUUCCUGUAUUUAAAUCCUGCCUUUCCUUCAAGGAGCUCAAGGUGGUAUGCAUAUUUCUCCUUCCACUACCCAUUUAAUCCCCGCCACAACCCUGUGAGGAGUGUUAGGCUGAGAGGCAGUGACUGGCCCAGGGUCACCCAGUGAGAGCUUCAUGACCAAGCGGGGGAUUCGAACCCUGGUCCGUCAGUACUCUUAACUGCUGCUUCACAUGGGCUCUUGUUUCCUUUUUCUCUCCCCGUCCCUGCUAGCAGUGGCUGUCCCCAUGGAAAGCAAGCCUGGAUUUUAGACUAAUGAAAGCCAGUUGUGUAUCUGUCUCCUGCCAUUUUGAGGUGGGGCAGUGGGAAGUUAAAUGGUCUUUCCUUUGGGGGCAAGUCUUUGGUGCUGUUAGGAGUGGAAUGAGUGAAUACUUUAGAUCAGAGGCUGGGAACCUAUUUCAGCUGCAUUCACUUCUUGGCAACCUGCAGGGGACCACAUGCCAGUGGUGGGUAAGACCAGAGGCAAAAGUGGGCUAUUUUCUGCAUGCACUUGUAUACCCUUCUCUGUCCUCCUCUAGGGAACCAAAAGGCAUUAUCAGAAUACAAGGACACAUUCCAGCUAGGCAAAAACACUCAAAGAGGGUACAAAGACAGGUCAGUGAGGGGUGUGGCCUAGGGAAUGUUCUGGGGGGCCUCUUAUGGACGCUGGGUUCCUCACCAUUGUUUUAGGUGGGGCUGGUGACUGAUCUACCGCCUGCCCUUAUUAGAUGUAGGCACAGCAGGAACUUCCACAGACUGAAAAACAUUGUUACAUCUUUAUUGUGUCUGAUAACCUGAAGAGCUAUGUAACAACUUGGGAGAAAAGAGUAUAUAUAAGUCCUCACAGCAGGAACCUGUGCCACAAACCCUGGCAUUAUAUAAACCUUUAGAAUAUCCUCCAUAUGCACUAAUACCCAGCUAUGAGUAGAGUUGGUGUGUCAUUUUAUACAAUGCUCUUAGAAAAUGGAACAGGAUAAAAGAGGGGCAGCACCAAAAGAACAAAGGACAGUACAAAGAGUCUGCACUGGGAGAGAAAAAAUGAAUUACACUAGGAGUUCAGUAAUAAAAUUACUAUUUUUGAACCUUAUUUUAUGGCUUUAUGGGGCAAGCCUAAUGAUGUCUAUUCAGAAGUAAGUCUAGGUGAAUUUGAGUAUGGAAUACAAGAAGCAAAGGUAUAUAAUGAAAUCAUUUUACUACUGAAGAAUAACAUUAAGGUAGUAGCAAACAUAAUUAGAAAAACUACUGGCAGGAUCUUCAGUUAUUUUAAAUAAUUUUACCCCACUUUUACUUUGCUGCAGCUUACAGCGAAAAAUAAAAACCAAAUUCAUCAACAUUAUAACUUAACACAAUGAACCUAACGACACUGAACCUAACGGUCAGACCUCACCUGGAGUACUGUGUCCAGUUCUGGGCACCACAGUUCAAGAAGGACACUGACAAACUGGAACGUGUCCAGAGGAGGGCAACCAAAAUGGUCAAAGGCCUGGAAACGAUGCCUUAUGAGGAACGGCUAAGGAGCUGGGCAUGUUUAGCCUGGAGAAGAGGAGGUUAAGGGGUGAUAUGAUAGCCAUGUUCAAAUAUAUAAAAGGAUGUCACAUAGAGGAGGGAGAAAGGUUGUUUUCUGCUGCUCCAGAGAAGCGGACACGGAGCAAUGGAUCCAAACUACAAGAAAGAAGAUUCCACCUAAACAUUAGGAAGAACUUCCUGACAGUAAGAGCUGUUUGACAGUGGAAUUUGCUGCCAAGGAGUGUGGUGGAGUCUCCUUCUUUGGAGGUCUUUAAGCAGAGGCUUGACAACCAUAGGUCAGGAGUGCUCUGAUGGUGUUUCCUGCUUGGCAGGGGGUUGGACUCGAUGGCCCUUGUGGUCUCUUCCAACUCUAUGAUUCUAUGACACACACAUCAGCUGAACUCACUCAAUUCCUAGUCUUCAAAGGCCAGAACAGACAGAUGGAUCCUGUGAUGUGGUACAGUUUUCUGUGUAGAAUAAAAUGUUGGGAAAUGAUAUUUGCUCUUUUCAGAAAACCAUUGAGGUUAUAGCCAUAGAAUUUUGUAUGUUGUAUUUUACAUUUUGCUAUUUCCUUGGUUGCAUUUUUUAAAGAAAACACACUGCAUUGAUUUGAACUUGACACAUAUUGGUUUGUGUCUCAUGCUGUUCUUUCAUUCUUUCCUUCUUCAUGCACCACAACUGAAUAAUUCCUGGGUUCAUUCCUGCUCCUGAACUUGGAAAUUGGGGUUAUCAAACAGGGCUUGGUAGCCAAGUUUUUGUUUUUAUUAGCCAGCUAUGAAGCAUAUACUACUGUCAACAAAUAUACUAACUGAUGAAAUUACAUAACACUCUAUGUAGCUUGAAAACAUUUUUUUUGUUUGAACCUAUUGACAGGUUUUUCUCUCGCUUUCAAAAAUUUAAGACUUAUCUCCUCCAUCACAAAUAUAUAUAUAUAUAUAUAUAUAUAUAUACUAUUUGAACUUGUACAAAACAAUAUUUAUAUAACUAUUUCUAAUAGGACUAUAAAAUGUAGAGGCAACAUGGCAUUUUGCCAAUAAGAUGCUUAUUUUGAUUUUCUAAGAAAUUUUAUAACAAAAAUGAAGGAAGAAUUAUCAGAGAGUUGGGGCAUCUUAAAGAUUAAAGUUGUUUGCGACAUGAGUUUUCAUAGGAUAACACCUGCUUCUCAGUUUUUCCCAAGCUGGAUCACUCACAUUCUCUGCCCAUAGGAUAUUGAAAAGCUACAGUGGGCUUGGUUAGUUUUAAACCAGAAUUAAAUAAGCUUUAGGCUCCAAGUCCCAUCAGUCCCAGACAACAUGGCCAGUGGUGAGGAAUGAUGGGAGUUGUAGUCGAUAACAGCAUCAGGAGAGCCAUAGGUUAGCCAACCCUGAUUUAGGGUCAAUUUCUUUCCUCUUUCAACUGCAUAAAAAUAGAUAAUAAUGCUAUCACAAGCAGAUACCACUUUUCUCUUAAUGCCAGGUGAGAAAAUCCAAAGUUUGACAAACUCUGUACUAUCAGAGUUUGUUAAUAUGAUUUAUUUGUACUAUUUUCAACCCACUCUAAUACUCUGGUAAGUUAUGUAUAAUUGUAGUCUAUGUCCCACUGAACUCCGUGGUGCUUGAUUCUGAACCUAUGCUUUUGCAUAGGUUCAAUCUGUAAAAAAAGUUAAAUAUUUUUUUAAACCAAGGCUUAUCUUCAGCCAGUUCAAAUGCAAUCUUUAGUUCUGAGCAGGAAAAAUAAUUUUACAAAGAAGUAUCUAAAUGGCUAGUCUGAAGUAGCAACCCUAUCUAAGAAGAAAAGAGUAGUAUCAAGUUUCUGCUUGCUUCUUUUCCUUACUCUUACUCUUUUUUAUUUUUAGUAUUUAUCCCCUUGCAGUUCAUUCAAGUAAAAACUCUGACUGCAAAAAUGUUACCGUCUGAAAGAAAAAAUCAAGCUCCAUCUUCCAGCCCCCCAGCAUUGUUUUUAAAAUGGAAUCCCUACUUGCUUUGAUUAAUUAACAUAGGUAAAAUGCACAAUAGUAAAACCAAAAUGCUUUCCUGAACCUAGUUACAGGCAGCAAUCAUUUUGCACAUGUCUGAUUGACACACAAGUACUCACACGUACUCUUUCGGCCCGGAAGGGGCGGGGGCAGAAUGGGCUUAUGCACGACUGCUGACACCCACAAUGAGUUGCCUGCAUUAUCUUGCAAUUACCUCAUACACUCGCCAAAACAGGAAGCAUUUAGCUAUAACUACCCUGGUGAGUGGAUUUGUCAAAGCCUUUUACCACCUUUACAACAAACCAGGAACUGAAAUAAUUGGAAGUUGGUGUUUCCCAGUUUCAGGCAUGUUGGGAAACUGGUUAAUUGAUUUACUUAGGCAGUCUUUGGUUGUGCAUGGAGAAGGAGUGGGAAAGGGUUCAGCAAGAGUAGGGUGUCUGGGUGCAAGGUUUGCAUUUAUUUUAGCUUAAUAAAUGUGAGAUACUAUAUUGUGGCUGAACUGGGGUGUUCACAACUUCUGCAAUUUAUUGUGGAGUAAGUACCCCACUACUAGACUCUUCUCAUGAGCUAGCAUUCAUAAAUGGGCAAGGAAGAGUAUUGACCUGCACUCUUAUUUAAAGAGGAGUGCAUAUUUCCACCUGGGAUUGUUUUUGUUGUUUUUGUUUGUUUGUUUGUUUGUUUUUUUGCUUUACCCUCUGAAUGAAAGCAGGAUUAAAGUAUUCAACAUUCAGAACUUCUAAAGUUCUUCUUUAUUAAUGUCCUAUUGUAAUGCUUCAGAUCAGUCUAGCAGAAAAUUCCAUGACACAGUUGAAACAAUAGAAGAUAGUAUGUUAAUAUGGAUUAAAGUGGUACCGCUGGAAGUUUAUAAAAAUAUAGUUGUCAAGGAUUGGAGUUGUAGCAUGACUUGAAACCAGUCAAUGGACAGAGGGAAACCAGUUCAGAAUUCUUCCCUCAACUCCUUUUCUAGCCACUGUCUUUCCAGGUUCUGCACAGACAUUCGGGUUGAACAACCAGGGACCCCUUUUGCUCUAGGAAUGCAGACUUAACCUUGUCACAUUAAAAAUGGGAGUAGUUUGGCAGUAACAAUAGUUUAAACCAAUUACCCCUUCAGUGCCAUUGUUGGAAUGUCUUAGACCAGAGAUGUCCAACUCCCAAUAGACUGUGAUCUACUCACAGUGUAAAAAAACUGGCAGUGAUCUACCCAUUGUUGGUGGAUGGAUCAAAGUUGUUGAGCUUUUUGGGGGGGAGACAAGGUGGUUGAGCUUUUUUUUAGGGAGCAAAUGAAUGAAUGGAACUGAUCAGCUUUUCUCAACCUGUGGGUCCCCAGAUGUUGUUGAACUACAACUCUCAUCACCCCUAGCUAGCAAGGCCAGAGCUCAGGGAUGAUGGGAGUUGUAGUCCAACAACAUCUGGGGACUCACAGGUUGAGAACCAUUGAAUGGAACUGAAUGAGCAUUGCAAUAUACACAGAACAUAAUUGAAAGUUGAUUAUAUAAAACACAAUUGAGGGUCCUGAAUCUCUAGUCCGGUCGUGAAACUUAAUCUGAUGGCCCACCAUUUUGCUAGGAACCAAAAGUUGCUGAGCUUUUUUAGGAAAGGCAAAGUUCUUGAGCUUUCUUGGGGAAGCCAAAGUUGUAGAGCUUUUUUGGGGGUGGGGGGAGUAGAUCACUAAGUGGCCAGAGAUCUACCAGGAACACCCCACGAUCUACCUGUUGGAUGUGCCUGCCUUAGACUUAGGAAGUGGGCAGAAACUAUUUCCCUCCCCCUUUCUUAGACCUUCUAACAAUGGUGCUGAACUAGGAGGAAAAAUGACAAUUUCCCAAAUAGAGGCUUUGUUUCUCCUUUCCUGGAACUGGAGGAGACCCUCCUACACUCUUGCAACUGUAGACAGCAACACAGUUGUCCUCUCCCCCCCCCCCGACAUGCUGGGGUAGAGGGAGAUUCUUCUACUGCAGCGCUGCCCUACAGAGUAGAAAUGCUACUGACUGAGCAUGUCUGUCUGCUCCUGAGCCUGCCCCUCUGCUGUGUGCGCAUGUGUAUUUGUAUGCGUAUACACAUAAGUGCAGGUUCCUGUGUGCCCCCCCCCCGCUGUGCUGUGUGUAUGUGCAUGUGAAUUGGACUCUGGCUAGCAUGUGACCCCUGAAAGGCUUGUCAAAUCCUAAAUGCGGCCUUCAAGCCCCAAAGGAUUACACACACACCCUUUCAGCCUACUGUGUUGAAUUAUAGUAUUGUUGUGAUUCUCAAAAAGUGGGUUAAACUCACAGUAGGUUUCUGGUUUGCAGUGGGAGUUAGGCAUGGUGUUAUCCAAGUCUCAAGGGCAUGGAGUUUAAUGUCACAGGUGUUGCUAUUCCUUCAAAGUUUAAUGCCUAUUGCUAUUUGUUGCAAAUGGGGUGUUAACUGCUAAUCUACUGUUGAGAAGACUUAUUUGUCAUUGUUGAAAUGAAGAGAAGUGAUGGAAUCUUAAAUGAUUUUGACUUUUUUCACACUUAAAAUAACUAGUAAUAUAAUGUUAAUAUGUCAAGAGUGAUAUUUUCGUUUUCACAGCACAUGUUUUGUGACCUUUUCAAUAGGAUUGAGUAGUUCUAAAGCUUGUGGGAUAAGCAGGAAGCAGAGAUCCAUCAUGCCAAGCUUCUGAUGAGUUUUAAAUCCUUUUUAAAUCAGGUUUAUCAGGGGACUCUUGGGCUGCAAUCCUAAACAUGGUUACUUAGCAGUAAGUCCCAUUGAACAUAGUGGGGCUUACUUCUGAGUAGACACACAUAGAAUUGUGCAGUUCUCUGAAAUGCCUGUGCCAGUUUUCCAAUCACAGAUGUGGAUCUUCCUUAUCUUGUGAUUGCUGUUGCAUUACCCUAUUUGUGCCAAAAACUUGUUGUGUAACUACUUUCUGCAGUAAUAAGGUGAAAACUGUAAAUUGCUGGUGAUAUUUGUUUAUUAUUGCUGCAGCUUUCUAAAUUAGAUGCACAUGGAUUUCCUUCUUUGAAUGUAGAGUUGAGGGCAUGAAGUGGAUUUGCAUCCAGAUGCAGAUAUGCCUACCCACAUUGUGUUUCUGUCAAUAGUAGGCAUAUAUAUCUGGCCAAGUCUUAAUUGGGGCCUGAGAGUUUUGCUGCAGAAUCCUUUCAACAAGGUUGGAAACCUCUUUUCAAAAAGCAUACCUUUAAUAAUUUGGUUUGCAACAAAAGUAAAUAGAAAGACUUCAUACGCAGCGUUCUUGGGAUAAUGUCGAUUGCUGCGCUAGUUGCUUUGCCAUUUAGGGCCUCCUCAUUUGCUCUAUUCAAAUUAGGGGUUGGCUGGGAGCACAUUUGCAAACCAGAGAAACAGUUGUGGGCACAGCAACACACACAGCACACUCAAGCACACAACGCCACCUAUUUUGUUGACAAAAAUAGUAUGCUUAACUUCAGUGGGGGAGAGGACCCAGUAGACUGUAAGCAUGUGUGUGCCUACGGGAACCAUGUUAGCGACCCAUGCUCUAAACCUUAUCAGAGCUUCAGUUUUCUUUGGGGCUUGUUGAUACAUGCAUGGUGUGUGAAUGCACUUUAACAGAUAAAGGCUGUAGAUAGCACUUUCAUGUAGCCUCACAUCAGUAACAGUGUUUUUCAAUGAAAUCUGUUCAUUCGGCUGCAAGUGACGGCAAAUGAAAUGAAAUUCUUGCAUAUGUGAAAAGUCCCAUUUAAUCAUUAGAAUUUCUGAAAUGCUCUAAUGUCAACCAUUUCUUACAACAUAUAGUGGUCUUCUAAUACUAAUAGAUGUAUCAUUUGUAUAUAUUUGGCAGAACGUCUUCGGUUACAGUUGAAAUAAGAAAUAGAUGAUGGUUGUAUAACAGAUUAGCUCUAACGGUUGGCCCUAAGCUCUAAAAACAGAGCUUAAUGACUAUUAUUUGUUUAUUUAGAGAAGAAGAGGAACGCUUGAGAAAUAAAAUUCGUGCAGAUCAUGAAAAAGCUUUGGAGGAAGCAAAAGAGAAACUGCAGAAGUCACGGGAUGAGAUCCAGGCUGAAAUUCAAACUGAGAAGAACAAAAUAGUAAAGGGUUUGAAGAACAAAAGCAGUAAGCCCUUGCCACAGGUCCCGGUACCAAAUCUUGUAGGGAUAAACAGUGGAGAUCCAGUGGAUCCAGACAUCCGAGAAAAAAGGGACAAAAUUAAAGAGGUAAUGGCUUGCGUCAUCUUAUCAUUACCUAGCUGUAGUUCGUGAUGCUAGGAUUAUUUCUGUGAAUAGAAACCAUACUGUUUGUGAUAGUCAUAGAAGUUAAUUUCAUGUGGGAAUUGGCUUAAUAUAUUCUGCUUCAUAAUCUGGGCUUAUUUUCUGGGCUGCUUUGGGAGGAAGUUCAUCAUUGACCCCUAUAGAACAUUUUCUGCCUCUGGAGGAGGCUAAUAAGAAACUCAUGAGAUAGAAUCUGGAACAGGACCUCAUGAGGAAAUCUUAAGUGUCAUGAUGAGGUGGCGGUUGCUUUUUGGAGGCAUAAGUACGUAAGACAAUUAUUAUACGUAGAUCUUUUGUGUCUUUUUCUUUUGUUGUAAUCUGGCAUUUUCCUCUAAUCUGUUGUCCUGGAGCUCCCUUUCUGGGGUAGAGUGAAUAUUACUGACAAUAUUUUUUAAAUGUUGCAUUAAAAUGUGUUAAGCUAUGCUAAUGAAAUUUCUACCUUAAAUUUCCUCUUUGACAGAGGAAACAUAUAUUAAUGCCCACAAUGCUUUCAACAGCUUGCUGUUUUUCCCCAGUCAUACUUUUUCUUCUGUGCAUUUGCUCCUAUACCACCAUAGUCAUGAAAUUCAACAGAGGUCUCUAGGCUUUCUGGGUCUGUGAACCAAUUUGGAUGUUUUUAAAGUGUCGUGUACAUGACCAUAAAAUGGCUGUAGUGGGUAGGGGAUUGCUGCUGUGGGGGUAUGGCUAAUCACAAAACAUUGGGAGUGUCCCAUGUGUGUCUGCCUAUGUGAAAACACAGACUCAAGACACAUACACACCACUCAACUGUUUCUCCCCAUUCGAGUCAAUGGAGCAGUUCCUCCAUUGACUUGAGAAAAUGGCAGAGAGGGGAAGCCUUCAGGAAUACAGUGUUCUGCCUUAUGCAAAUCAAUGGAGACACUGCUGCUUUGACUCACAGAGGCAGCAGGAAGCAUUGAGAGGCAGGUGGCUGGCUGGCUGGUGAUUAGGGAUACCAGGCAUACAAUUUCAUUUUGUGAGUAUGUUGCUUUGUUCAAAUUUGAGUCAGAGUCAGAGAGAAAAUGCUACGCUACUCUGAGAAAUAAUGAGAGGCAAAUUGGGAAUAUGUGUUUUGAAAAAAAGGUAAUAAAAGAAAGACAUUGGAACCAUAUUUAGAAAUGCAUUUCAACAGUGAUUCUCAUGAAUGUGUUGGCCUUUGCAAGUUGAUUAGCUUCUUCUACUUAACCUGUUUGAUUUAUUGGCAGGGGAUGCAGGGUUGCAAUAGAUUGGCAGUUCAAAUCUACAUGAUGGGGUGAGCUCCCAUUACUUUGUCUCAUCUCCUGCCAACCUAGCAGUUUGAAAGCAUACCAGCAUGAGUAGGUAAAUAGGUUUCACUGCGGUGGGAAGGUAAACGGCGUUUCCGUGCACUCUGGCUUCUGUCAGUGUUCCAUUGCGCCAAAAGUAGUUUAGUCAUGUUGGUCACAUGACCCGGAAAAGCUGUCUGCGGACAAACACCGGCUCCCUCAGUCAGAUGAGCGCUACACCCCAUAGUCAAAUUCAUCUGGACUUAAUUGUCCAGGGGUCCUUUAUAUUUUUAAACCUUUACCUUUUGAUUUAUUGGAUUAGCUGCCUCUUACAUUAAUCACUGCUAGUCUUCCAUCCCUUUACAGAAGCAGUUACUUACUUUGACAGCACAGAAUAUUUUGCAAGAAUUGAAUCUGAAACAUUUACAGAUAUAUUUCAGUUGAAAUUACAGUUGUACUCUGUUGCUUACCUUUGUUUAUAUAUAGAGAGAAUCUGUGUCUGAAACAAAUAUUUUAGUUGAGUGGUUAAUUUGUGUUAAUUUUUAUUUGUUUUCCAUUCCUUAGAUGAUGAAACAUGCCUGGGAUAAUUACCGGCAAUAUGGAUGGGGACAUAAUGAACUGAAACCCAUUGCUAGGAAAGGACAUUCCACCAACAUAUUUGGUAAGUUGUCGUUCUAAAAAACUCAUUUUGAAAAUUCCACAUAAAAUACAUUGCUUAUCCUGUUGUGUCAUUGGAAUUUGAAAAAGUUAACGAAAGAGAACUGUUAACCCACUUAAGAGAUUUCAUGUGUAAUCCGGUAGAUAACCACUCAAGAAUAGCAAUUACAAUUAAGUGCAAUCCUGUUUUAUUCUUGAAUUUUAUUGUGCAAAUGCAUCAGUGCAUGUCUGACUUCUUAUGAUAAUGAAUGUUCUAAAUUUUCUGCUAGUCAUUGCAAACACAAAAUUUGUACAACAGGUUUUUUUUGUAUAACACAGACUUUUGUCGUUCUGAUAGUUGGCUCUUUGAAUUAACAUUCUGCAAACAAAUCUGUUUCAUGGUUACAUUUGAUGAAAUGCACUCAGAUUUUUGUGUGGCAAGCUGCUGUGUGUGCAUGUGCUAUGCCACCAUAUAUAUUUAUGUAUGAAGUCCUGCUGGGGCAUUUGUGUGUAUGAGAGAGAGGGAAGAGCUGGCAUGAUGACUUCACUUGAUCUUCAGUCUUUGCCCUUGCUUACUUCAUCUAGAGACGUGUUCUGCACAACUUUUGAGAUCUCUUCCAUGUUGCCUGGAUUUGCAGCUUGAUAGCAAUGGUAGACUACAUAGGCUUCUUAAACUAUUGGACAAACUCUGAAGAUAAUAAAAACAGGGAUACUAUGGGGAUGAUAAUAAAAAGCCUGUUGUACAGGGUUGACAUGUAGAAUAUAUAUAUAAAGCUCUUUAAAUGCCUUAAGUUGCGGUGCAUAUGCUAAGAUUUCUGCAGUCACAAUGCAGUUAAAAAUUGUACCUCUCUGUUCCCACUAUGCCUGCAAGAGGAGAGGACUUAAGUCACUCAGUGAGGUUCUUUUUCAAAAACAGGGACAUACUAGGACCAAAAAUCCUUCAGUUUAAGAGAAAAGUUAAGAUGUUUACUUACCUUAUUCAUCAAAAAACCAGAAAUAAUAAAUACCUCAAGCUCUGUCCCAUAUAAGCAACAAGUACAGCCUACAGUUUGGCAUUCUACAGUGGUACCUCGGGUUAAGAACUUAAUUCGUUCUGGAGGUACGUUCUUAACCUGAAACUGUUCUUAACCUGAAGCACCACUUUAGCUAAUGGGGCCUCCCGCUGCCGCUGCACUGCCACCGCGCGAUUUCUGUUCUCAUCCUGAAGCAAAGUUCUUAACCCGGGGUACUAUUUCUGGGUUAGUGGAGUCUGUAACCUGAAGCGUCUGUAACCUGAGGUACCACUGUACUCGCUUACAAAAGUCUCCAUAUACCUGUGUUUUUCCUUGAGCUUUCACCCUUGAUCCUCUUCCUCUGUAAGUUGGGAGAAUGCUAUGGGGGCAAUGACUAGAUAGGUGCACAUCCUGGGUUCUGUUUCUUGGUCACGUUAGGGCCUGACAGGGUUAAGAGGGAUAGAUGAGAACAGUGCAUUUUAAUUUAUUGAAUUUCACAGCAAGAGUGACAGAGUAGCUUUAUUUCCAAAUGUGGUUUAAUGGACCUGUAUUUCUUCAACCUGAAGUGCCCUGUUUGUCUCACAAAAUGUUCCAGUGGCAUAUAUAUGUGAGGUGUUUUCCCCUCCCUUUUCCUCACAGAAUGUGGUCUCUGUGCUUCUCAAGCCUCUUUGUUUUCGUAGCCCUCAUGUGGAGCAUCUUCUUCUCUCUGACUUAGAAUGCAGUUAGUCAUCUCAUCUCUCAGUGUGUCCAGGUCAGAUAAUUCUUCUGUGGAUAUGCUGGAACUAGUCAUAUCUUCCUUGAGGAAUGUGAUGUUGGAGAUUUGUUUUCCUUCUUGUUGACAGAGUUGUCCCUCUAAAUGUUUUAAUGUAUCUGGGUGCUUGAUGUCUUUUUGUGAAGAAGGUUCAGACAGGUCUUCUGCAGAGACAACACCUGUCCAAAAAAGGAUGAACUCUUUGCGAGAAGCAGCAACAGCCAUAGUAGUAGUGAGUAUACAGGGCACCAGGUAUAGGAGAGUUGACUGACUUGUCUGUAAGAAUGUUGCUACAACAAAGGUCACCAUAAGACCAUAGCUAUAAGCUAGAGUAGAAGCUAGAAAAUAGAUCCCUGAGGAGUUGACUUGAGCAUCAAAUCUGUGGCAGUAGGCUACCAGGAAACCAGGAAGUAUAAUAUCUCCAAGGCCUAUGGCAGUAAAAGAACUGUCAUCAAAAAUGGAUGUUGAGGGUAAUAUUGGUACUUUCAACAGAAAGGGGAUCUCUUCAGAGUCUGGUGUCCCAUAAGCUGUCACAUCCGUGAUGCUUUUUCCAGCUUUGGUUAGGAAAGGAGUGACGAACAGACAGAGUACAUCAUAAAACAAAUGAGCGAACAGAAACAAGCUACAGUUCUUUAAGGUGGGCAUGUGAACUGUUCUCAGAAUGUAAAUGCCAAUAGAGAUUCCUAGAACAUCUUGCAAAACCCAGCCCCACUCAUUCUCAUUUCUGAAGAUGACCCAAAGUGCACUGAUGGCUAUACACAGGACAGUUAGAAGCAAUGUUCUGAUCUCUAGACCUUUGUGAAAAAAUGGGAGAUGGAUUACACGUUUUCCAAAUGGAAGCUUGCUUACAAAUGGAGCUAAGCAACCAUGUAGACUGAAAGAUGCGUAUAGACAGAAAAUGCCAAUCAUUGCAUGUACCAGGUAAUCAUAGAAAUAGUACAGAGCAAGUAGCAUGAAGGUGGCCAUUACUGUGCAAGUACAUGUGAAGUAGGCAUUGGUGUCAAUUGUUAUCUCACCAAAAUCAUCGUCUUCCGUUUGGAAUCGGCUUUCAAUAUAUUGUUGCUUUCUUCUCUCUGUUCUGCCUGCCCAGUAGCUUCCCAUGGUGACUAUGAACAUUGACAUCAGAUAAAUGACCCCAGUUUUGUGUAGCAAGUCCCUGAUCAAGUUCUUAAACAAUAAAUAGAGAAUGUCCACAUCUUGGAGAAGAAUUCCUGAGAUUGUGACCUCCUCACAGUGACCCCAGUUAUAUCUGGAUCUCCGGUUUUUCACGAGAUAGGGAGCAUCUCCACCAAGAGUCAACAGCCCCUGGGUUUGGUUAAUUUGAUGGAGUCGGGCACUCUCAAAGAGAUUGCAGUUGCCCUCCCUUACAGAUGCAAUUCGUGUGCUGAAUCCACCACCAUCAUUGUCUUCCUCCCCAAAGAACGAAGGUGGGCAACACAUGGCUGAGUAACUGAUGUUCUGAGUUCCGAGCGCAGGGUGAAGCCAGCGAUUUUUGUUACCCUCUUGACGUGAUUUCAUCCACUGUGAAGGGAAGAGGAAGCAGUAAUCUCCUCCUUUCUCUGGGCUGAUACGGAUGACCCCAGGGUUCUGAGCAAGCACAGGUGGAAUAAGGAGCAGGAACAAGCUGGCUAGAAACAGAAACAUCCUUCUUGGCAGUUUCCCUUAAUCUUUACUAGGAACUGUAACCACAGGCUGCUUCUUCCUCUUCUUGUAAAAGAGAUUUUGUCCCUUUCCCCCCUUUAAUUCAAAGCUUAGGCCCCUGGGACCCAAGCUCUGCUUGCUACAUGGUAAGCUGUUCCUGACAGCCUUACCCCCACAUCAUGGAUAUAACCCCAACCUUGUUUGUUACAUAAUAAGCCCAGCUUCCUAUCCAUGGAGACAAACCCCACCCCUGUCUGCUGCAUUGCAUCUUCUCUAAUAAGUAUUUGUUUCUUGCUUUUGCACAAGUUUAUCAGUAGGGCUGUUUGUCACAAAUUGAGCCUAAUUUUCUCUUCAACCAUAGAUACGGAUCCAGAAUUACAAACUGGAAAUCAAAUUUUAUUACUGCUUUUAUGAUUUAAUAGCUUAAACUGGUGACUGUCAGAAGAAGGUGUGAUGUGAACAUUUUAGUUCAUAAAGAUGACUGUCCUCUAAAAAUUUGAAGUAUAGGAGAUAGUCAUUACAGGCUGCAUAGCUACACAAUAGGAAUCAAGAGAAACUAGGGACUCUUUAUGUUAGCAAAGGUGGACAUUAAUUUUAGGUUUUGUGCUAGGUAAAAAGUCAAUGCUGUAGAAGCCCAAUUGGGUAGAAUCAUAGAAUUGUAGAGUUGGAAGGGAUCUCAAGGGUCAUCUAGUCCAACUCCCUGCAAUGUGGGAAUCUUUUGCCCAAGGUGAGGCUCAAACUCACAAACAUGAGAUUAAGAGUCCCAUGCUCUACUGGUGGAAAGAAUCUUCCCACUUCAAGGAUCCUCUAGCUCUAAUUUAGGAUCUCACAGCUGAAUGGCUAUAUUUUCUAAUUCAGACAAAAAGUAGAGGUAGCCAUGUUGGCCCAUAAUAAAAAUUCCUAAAUCUGUACUAGGGCAGUAGUUUUAUUAGGCUAAAUAGAAUAACAUAAAAUAGUGUGCAAGCUGUUGGGUUCACCAGAACUCUUUAUCAGACUAGAUGGCAAACGGAACAUCUGGUCACAAUCUUCUACCUAGUACACCAUCUAAAAUUAAAUUUAGUCUUCUAAUAUAAACACUGCCUAGUUUUACUGUUUUCUGCCUACCAAGGUGCCUGUAUAUUUCACUUAAGGAACAGACCUGGUUCACGAGCAUCUUUUGAGGUUCUAGAGAUGGGGGUCAGCCAUUGUUUUUCUUCUUGUUAACAGUACGCCUUGGUGCUACCUGCAUAGCACCUAAAGAGCCUCCUUUGAUUGUAUACUGCCUCCCUAGCAUUGCCCCCCCCCCCCCACUGUCAACAAUUCACUACUCAGUUGCCUGUGGUGAUUAAGAAUUGUCCCCUGGCAACCACUCAAGACUCCAUUCUCCUAUGAAGCCUACUCCUCUAAGAUUAGAUUGGAAAUAGGCAGUCCCACAUGCCAUGCAGUCUCCAGAAUUUUAACUCAAGAGUCUCUCACUUCUGAAAUGGGAAAAGGAAUGGACCAGAAUACUGCCCGUGAAAUAAUACAUAGCCUUACUCUAAGGAGGGCUGCAAUUCUGUAAUCUGUACAUUAGCCUUUCAUUGCCUGCCUUCGUAUUUUGUUAAAUAUUUUUUUCCUCUUUGUCCUAUUUCUAUUGGUUUUUGUCAGUCAGUUUUUUCUACCUGGAAUGGCCCCACCACACCCCAGUAACCUAAGGGGGGCAGGCUGUUAAAUUACAUUUGUAUCCAUGUUGUAAUGACAAAGUUAAAUCACCAAGCUGUAAUCACUACAUCAGCAGGGGCUACACAUUAUGGCUGGGGAAGGCAGCUAAGCAUUAAUUUUGACUACACAGCUGUGUAGUCCUACCAUGCUAUUGAAACAGUAUUGUAUGCAUUGAAACAGUAUUAUAUGCAUUUGUCAACACAAUUACUGUUAAGUUACCGUUAAGUUCACUUAGCUCAGUGGUGCUUCUGAAUAGAGAUGUGCAGCACUGCACUUUCAUUCUAUAUGCAGGUUGAUGAAAACCUGGAAGCUAUUGUUUACUUUUAACUUGUGAUUCCCACCCCCAGCUUUUUACAUUUUCUCCCUUCUUCCAGUUUUUUGGGACACCUACCACCCUUAUGUACAUGGUAAAUAAGCUCAAACAACAUUUAUGUUGCUUUUUUUUUUACUACAAACAUUUAAAUGAAAGAAAAUAUGGGUUUGUCCAGUAAGAUGCCCAUUUUAAUUUUCUGCCUUAAGAAAUUUUACUAACAGUUGAAUGAAGAAUGACCAGUUUUUGUUUGUUCGUUUUUUGUCUGUGGCACCUUGAAAGCUAAACCUUUUGGUAGCAUGAUCACAACUUAUUUGACUUGGAGCAGUAGCCAUGGAGUGCAAAGGGAAGGGCUGAAUUUUGGCACUGAAUUUAGGAGGCUGCUGCUGCUAAGGCAAGGUUAUGAGUGAACUUUAGCACUGGAACUUUUUAGUGCUGGCUGGCUCAGUGAUAAGACUGGAUAUUAUAUACUGCUAGGGUUACCAUGAAGUUUUGGCUUGGGGUUGUAGAAGGGAUUGUCACUUUCUACUCAUCUGCCACUUGCUGAAUUUCCCCUUGCAGAUUUGCUUAGUAUCAGGUGGCACUUCAGUCAGUCAGAAAAAUAGAACCAGCUUCAAGAGAAACAGAUGCAUCCAUGAAAAAGACUUGCUAUGCAAUGAUGGGUGCCAGAAGGAGCAGAAAGUGGGGAUAGAGAGGUUUCUGGGAGGUGGGGCAAGGGAAUGAGAGAGAAAGUGUGGGUGCCUUGGUUCUGUGAGCUUGCUGUUACCCAUGAAUAGCUGCCUGUCCUUACAGGCAGGAGAACUUUCCCAGGGAAUUUCCCCUUCUACCUGCCAAGUGAUUCUUCUGGUAUCAGCCUGAGCACAGGAAUUUCUUUGGCGACUCAAAGGAACAGAGAUUCAAGUUCAAAGUUUUACUUACACAACAGAACACUCUAAAAUACACCAUGCACGAGGAAUAAUUCCUAUAAAACAUUUAUAUAGCAAUAAACAAAUGAACACAGCAGAUUAACAUAUUUUUUUUUAAGAAAAAAGCACUGAGUAUAUCAUUCAGUCUAGUUUGUUGAAAUACAGUUACAUUGGGUGAUUUUGUUGACACUCAUGCUGCUGCAGGUCCAAGCGAACAUUCCCAUGGGCCCAAACAGUAUCUCUGGUGGUUCCUCUCCCUUUGGGGAGGGCAUUAAGUUCAGCCCUAGUCAUGCCAUAUUUGUUUCAAACUGGUUCUACUACAGUGGCCUAAAAUAGCUUUUCAUUCAACUUUACUAUUGUUUACGCUCGACCAUACUCCAUAUAUAUGGCUAUGAGCAGGUCGUCUUGUAGUUUAUUGUGAGUUAACAUUCUUAGGGAAAAUCCCUUUAAUUCCCAUUUAACUUCCCUUGUUUUUGUAAUGUCAGAUGAACAAGCCAUUCAGUAGGGCAUAGUAUACACAACAAACAAUGCCAAACAUCUGAAGUAGCUCCUUUCAGGUUGAUCUGCCUAGCUGUUAAAAUCAGCACAAAAGGUGACCCAGCCUAAGGCCAUUCAGUGAAAGAUAGACUAUUAGCACAAAUAAUCAAUAAAUAAAAGCAUAAAAUUAAAAUAAUAGACCUCUGAAAUGUUACUCCUGGGGGGAAUGUGUCUCUUUGUUGGGGAGGGGGAGGUUCCCCACCCUAGAGAGAUUGGCUCAGCUUCCGUGUCUUGAAUUUGAGAUAAUAGUAAAAUUUAAAAGCUGCUGAUAUUUUUAGAUUUAUUUUAUUUAUUAAGGGCAACUAUCACAUUCACUUAGCAGAUUAGAGGGCGUCUAGUUGUCCAGAGUGCCAAAUCUCCAUAAGGUUCCCCCAUCCCACCCUGCCGCUUUGCAAAAGCUUCAAUUUCAGGAGCAUGUACAUAUUUUGUGUGUGAGAGUGAGAUAGAAAUCUUAUGCAGUCUGGUACAUAUUUUCUGUACCCGUUUGUUCCCUAAUUCCAGUAAGAAGUGGAGAAUUCAUUGGCAGGCGGGCACCUGAUUCUGUUGUUUUAGUUAUAUAUAUAAUAUAUAUGUGUGUGUGUGUGUGUGUGUGUGUGUGUGUGUUAUUUCAUUAAAAAAUAUCAAGGUGGUUUACAACAAAAAAUACAUAAAAAACCAGUUUGGAAAUGAAACAAAGCCACCUAAAAAUAACGUAGCGGUUUCAACAUGUAUACUACGCAGAAGUAUAUCUGUUUGCAAAUUGAAAAGCCAAAAGUAUUGCAACAAGGAUCUGUGAGUUUUCGGAGGAAAUCUGUCAGCGAAGUCUAUGGUUGAGAACAGUUGUUACAUGGAAUGUUAGGGUGUCAUUUUUUAUAAGGAAAAAAAAAAAGGAUGGGUGGAUGGAUGGAGAGGGAAUUGACCUUCUCAGGCCCCUAACAGCAGCUCAUAGUGCCUUCAGCACUGUUCUCUAACCCAGUGCCCUCCAAAUGCUAUGCAGUACAACUCCCAUAAUCUCUGACCAUUGUCCAUACCAACUGGGACUGACGUGAGUGGUAGUCCAAAAAAAUCUGGAGUGCACCAGUUUGGGGAAGGCUGACCUAGAGGUAGGAUUAGACUGGGGUAACACAUUUGUUCAAGGAUGUUUCAAGAAAAUGGAAAUUGAAAGAGGUACUCUUCCAUUCUUCAGCCUGCUCUUUGACACAUUUCCCACCUUUUAGCAAAGGAGAGGCAGAUGCAAAUGUGAUACAGAAAUAACAUUGAAGGAAUAAUGUUCUUAAAGGCAUGACAAUUCACUCUUCUUCUUUUUGUUGAAGUUGUUGUUUUUCCCACAUGUCCCACAUGUUUUUUUAAAUCUUUAUUCAUGCAUUCAACAAAUCUUUAUAUACUGCUUGAUUGUAACUAGAACCUCUAACAAUUUGUUUGAUUCAUACUUGGAGAAAUUGAUUUAUUUAUAAAGGAUAGUUCCAGGUCACAAAUAAAUAAUGGCUACACUGAAGGGGAAGAUCAUAAGUAAAACAUUUAGUUAUAAUGGAAAUUCUGGGUUUUCUGUAGGAAAUUCACAGCUGGGUGCCACUAUAGUAGAUGCAUUGGAUACCCUCUACAUUAUGGGCCUUCAUGAUGAAUUCAAAGAAGGGCAGGAGUGGAUUGACAAUCACCUUGAUUUCAGUGUGGUAAGUUGAACUUUGUGUAUGUUGUCCGAUUUCUUCCUAUCUGGAGAAACAUAGAAUCAUAUAACUGUAGAGUUGGAAGGGCAGGAAACUUCUUAGCUUGAUCAAACUUCAAAUACUAUUCUUCUUUCUAAAAUGAAGCCUGAAAAAGAGCUGAUUAGUGUCUUUUGAUGACUCACAAACACUGUGUGUAAAUUUAAAAACAAAAUGGAAGGACCUUUCAACCUUUCCUCACAGGACUUGGUCUCCAGGCUUAUCUAAGACAUGUUGCUUUAAUUAGCUGUCCCCCUUCCCUCAAGGGGGAAAAGGAAAUUCUGGAUGUAAUGGUGGAUUUCUGUUCUUCACAUGGUAGAAGCCCACCUCCUGCUUUUCUUGUCUUUCUACAUCCUUGGUGCCAUACUUUCUUCACUGCAGCCUGUGGGAGACAGAGAAGUUUUUCUUCUUCCAGGUUAGGUUUCUUGGUCCCAAGCUUUUCCUAACAAAACAAAACUGAAUUCUCUUGCUUUGAUGCUUCUAGUUCUUUUGACUAAUAGCAGAGUAGCUUUUUCAGUUCCACACGGUGUCAGGAGCAUGAGGGGGAAAGGUCAUUCUUCCUCUCUUUUAAUAACAGAGAAUGUGUUUUCCUGGUCCCAGAGGAGGGGCUUUCUCCCAGCCCAGCUGCCCUCCUUUCUUUUAGGAAGAGAAAUCCAGUGUCUUCAAAGGAAAUUUGGGACCUACAGCACUGGCAAUCACAUUUCUAUGAAAGAGAGAACACAGCAGGAUGCUGGUUUGAUGUUCAGCCCCCAAAAGAGACAUGAGUAGCUUUUGUGGAUGUAACCUCAGAGCCUCUCAAAAAUUAUAGAGAAUUAUUGGAGAACAGAUGAGGUGCCUGUGGACUGGAGGUGGGCAAAUUUUGUCCCUAUCUUCUAAAGGGGGAAAAAGAGAAGACCUAGGUAACUACUGAUGAGUUUGACAUCAAUACCAGUAAAGGUCCUGGAGCAGAUAAUUAAACAGUCGUUUUGUGAGCACCUAGAAAAGGAUGCCGUGAUGACUAAGAUGCAGCAUGGGUUUCUCAGAAACAAGUCAUGCCAGAUGAAUCACCUAUUGUUUUUUAAUGCAGGUACAAGCUUGGUAGAUCAGGGGAAUUAUGGAAAGGUAGUGUAUCUUGAUUUCAGUAAGACUUUUGACAAAGUCCCCCAUAACAUUCUGGUAAAAUGUGGACUGGACAAGGUAACUGUUAGGUGGAUUUGUAGCUGGUUGACUGCCCAAACCCAUAGAGCGCUCACUAACAAUUCCUCACUAUCCUAGAAAAAAGUGACAAGUGAGGUGGCACAGGGGUCUGUCCUGCGUCCAAUGUUGUUCAGCAUCUUUAUGGAUCAAGGGAAUGCUCAUCUAAUUUGCAGAUGACACCAAAAUGAGAGGGAAUAGUCAAUGCUGGUCAAGACUGAGUUGGGAUUCAAGAUGACCUUAACAGAUUGGGAAACAUUGACCACAGUCAUAAAAUGAAUUUCAGCAGGACAAAGAUGUAGCUGUAGACUUAGGCAGGAAGAACUAGCUGCACAAAUAUAAGACUGGAGUACAGUGUCCAGUUCUGGGCACCACAAUUUAAGAAGGAUAUUGACAAGCUGGAAUGUGUGCAGAGGGGAGGUGACCAAUGUGAUAAAAAGACUGAAAACCAAGCCUUAUAAGGAACGGUUGAGGAAUAUGGGUAUGUUUGGCCUGGUAAAGAGCAUUGUCAACAUGGAAGAUGGAGCAAUCCAGUGUGGUGUAGUGGUUAAGAGCGGUAGUCUCGCAAUCUGGGGAACCGGGUUCGCGUCUCCGCUCCUCCACAUGCAGCUGCUGGGUGACCUUGGGCCAGUCACACUUCUUUGAUGUCUCUCAGCCCCACUCACCUCACAGAGUGUUUGUUGUGGGGGAGGAAGGGAAAGAAGAAUGUUGGCCGCUUUGAGACUCCUGAAGGGGAGUGAAAGGCGGGAUAUCAAAUCCAAACUCUUCCUCUUCUUCCUCCAGAGACUAGAGCCCGAACUAAUGGAUUUAAGUUACAAGAAAGGAGAUUCUGACUGAACAUCAGAAAUAACUUUCUGACAGUAAAAGCUGUUCAAUAGUGCAACAGAUUCCCACGAGAGGUGGUGGAUUCUCUUUACUUGGAGGCUUUUAAGCAAAUGUUGGGUGGCCAUCUGUCAUGUAUAGAUUCCUGCAUGGCAAUGGGUUGGACUAGAAUGAUGACCCUCAGGGUCCUUUCCAACUCUGCAGUUCUGUGUUUCUAUGAAAGCUCAUCAAUCAGAAACUGAAUGACCAACUAGUUAGUUCCUUUAUUUUUUUGAUCUCUUGAUUAAGAGACUGUGAUUUUGAAUACUUGGGGCAUGGAAAACAAAGUGAGAAAGGAUUUUGCUCACAUCAGCUCUCUUGCAUCUUGGCGGUUAAACUUUCCACAGAAAGUCAGAUGUUAUAUCUUAUGAAGAAGAUUAUAUCCCUUGUAUGCUAAUGGAAGAUUUCAGUUAGCCAUUGCUUUCAGGUUGUGAAAUAUUUCUAAAAUGCAAUUUGUUGUCUCUCCCUAUAAUAGAUAGUUGGAUCUCUUGAAAGCUUUCCUGAAUGGAGCUUUAUGUACCACAGUUAUGAAUCCAACAAAUUGUACUGAUAUGACUAUAAGAGUUUUAUCUCUUAUGUAAGAAGGUCAUUUUUCACCAAAAUAAAAAAACACGAUGGCAGCAGUUCAUGACUCCUGUUAGCUUCCUCUUAACAAUACACCACUGUUCCUGCAACUUGCACACAUCUCUUUUGCCACCUUGCUAUUCUCACAAGAGGGUGUGGGAGCCGAAUUGUACAGAAAGUUAAAAUCAAUUCAUAAUAAAGUAUGGACGUUUAAUGUAUGUGUGAAACAACACAUUCUUGAUGUGAAAGGGCUCCUUAGCCAGAAAAAUAUACUGCUAAUUUGCAUAGGAGGUAACACUAACUCCAAAACCUGUUCUGUUAAAUGGGUUUAUAUCUCCAAAGAAACAUUUACAGGAAUUCAUUAUUUAUUUAUUUUUAAAAAAAAUUGUGAUUUUCCAAAUUUAUAACAAAUGUAACAACAAACAAGAAAAACAUUACAAUAUAGAGAAAACAAACAAACAAACAAACAAAUAUCCUAACUGUUAUAAUCCCACUUUUGUUACCAUUGUUGGAUGACUUCCUCAAAUCCCCCUAGCUGAGUUUCCAUGUAACUCAUUGUAGCAGUUUUCCAAUACUAUUUUCAUAUAAAAUUUACUUGUUCAAUUAACAUCUUUCUUUCUUUUCAUAUUGACUUCUAUCCAUAAUGUUAUACAACUUCACAUAUUUAAAUCCCAGGCCAAUCUAUUACUCACAAGUAGUUCUAUUUAAGUUAUCUUAACAUAUUUAACUAAAUAAGCCUUAAAUUUCUUCCAUUCCUCUUGGUACUCCUCCUCCUUCUGGUCGCGGACUCUUCCGGUCGGAUCGGCUAACUCCAAAAAGUCCAUCAUCUUCAUCUGCCAUUCCUCCACUGUUGGUACUUCUUGUAAUUUCCAAUUUUUGGCUAGCAAAAUUCUAGCUGCAGUGGCAUACAAAAACAUUCUGACAUCUUUCUUGGGCAGUUCCAAACCUAUUAUUCCAAGUAGAAAGGCUUCUGGUUUCUUAAUAAAUGUAUAUUUCAACAUUUUUUUCAAUUCAUUAUAACUCUUUUCCCAGAAGUCUUUCACCUUGAGACACAUCCACCACAUAUGGUAAAAGGCACCUUAUUUUUCUUUACAUUUCCAACAUAAAUUGUCACUCUUUGCUAGUUUUACAGGGGUUAAGUACCAUCUAUACAUCAUUUUCAUAACGUUUUCCUUUAACAGGAAUUCAUUAUUUAAAGCAAGAGGUGCCACCCUAGGAACCUUCAGAAAGAAGGAUAGGAUACAUAGUUAAUUAAAAAAUAAAUUCACUGUAAUAAUUUGUGAUAAAUCUACAUACUCUGUACUAAUAUCUAGCUUAUAUCCCUUUUUCUGUCUCAAGAAUUCAGAGGUAUCUGUCUUUGAAGUCAACAUCCGCUUCAUUGGUGGCUUGCUUGCAGCCUAUUACCUUUCAGGUCAGGAGGUAAGUGAAUUAUACUAUAAUCAUGGAAAUAUGUGCAACUUUUACAUAGUUUUCUUAAAAGGGAACAAAGGCUUGUUUUCUUGCUGCUUCAAAGGCCUCACUAAUAGGUAAGUAACCACAAACUCAUAGCUGUAAUCAGGAGUGAUAUGAAUUUCAAAAUUCAGUACAAAUGCAGAAAAUUCAAAAUGCUGGGCAUUGGCCACAGAAUCUGUUUUCAUUUUAUUAAAAAGAGGCAUUAAAAUGAAAUAUCUGGAGCCAAAAGAGAUGGGGGAUGUUUAGUACUGUGGAAACUCGUUUCUCCCCAUGCAAAUUAAUAAAAUAUGUGUGAGGUACUUUUAAGUUGUAUAUUCAGGUUGCAGAAUUUGGCACAAAAUUUGCCCAUAAUUAUACAGGAAUGAGCAUUUGUCACCCUGUCUGAAAUCAGUUGUCAAAAUUUGAGGUCUUAGUUUAUGGUUUGCAGCAAGGUUUUAACUGCAGCCUGUGAAACAGAUCAUGAAAGAUCUGUAUUGGGUAUCAUUCUGUAUCUGGAGGAUCACUUGCUCCCAUAUGAACUUGCCCAUAUCUCAUUAAGAUCUUAUCUUGAGAGGUGCUCUGGAUGCUCCCAACCUCUGAGAUCCCAGAUGCGUUACAUGGAGCAGGGCCUUUUCUGUGGUGGCACCCAGAUUAUGGAGAACUUGUUAGGGAACCUGCAAUGCUGUUUUUUAGGUGUCAGCUAAAACUUUUUUUAAAAAAUUGCCCUUUCCCAAUAUUUAAUUUUUGUUUAUAAUUUGUUAUCAUUUGUAUUCAUGUUUUUACUAACUAUUGAAUAUGUUUUGUUGUGGUGGUUUUAAUUGUUUGUUAUGAGCCAUUUGGAGCCAAUAUCAGAAUAAGAAUGGGAUAGAAAAGAUUUAAAAUAACCCAACCUGCACUUUUCUAUGCUUACUUGCAUAAGGACUUCUAAGAAGAUAUGUAUAAGAUUGCACAGAAAAAAAUGGAGAAGUGCUCAACUUUCUUUCUUGUGUUACAGGUUUUUAAGUUAAAAGCGGUCCAACUUGCAGGAAAGCUUAUUCCUGCCUUCAAUACACCCACAGGGAUUCCUUGGGCAAUGGUGAAUUUGAAAAGGUAUGAGAUUUGAGGCAAGAGGAAGACUGGAAAUCAGGAAUAGCAAAAACCUAUGUUUGGCCACUGAUAGUAGGAUGUCUCAAUGCCCGCUAAGGGAUUUUUCUGCACAAUUAAAUACCUGUAUGUGGUGUCUUUGGAGUCUGAUGUUAACUGUGGUAUCAUGUUGAGUAGUAGUCAAGUUUGGGGGUGAUCCUUUCACUGUUGUUUCUUGAAUUAUUUCAAGGACACUUUUUUCCUUUGGCUUGUGCUUAUCUUCCCCAGUACUCUGUUACUGAUUGGUCUUUGCCUUUAACAGACAUAGAUAAAUUGCUAAAUCUCUUCCUAUAUAGAACAAUACCAGUACCAAAUAUUUGUAUGCAUUUACCCUUUAAUCUUUCUCUUGCCAGUGGUGUAGGUCGCAACUGGGGCUGGGCGUCUGCUGGCAGCAGCAUCCUAUCUGAGUUUGGCACCCUUCACAUGGAAUUUGUACACCUGAGCUACUUGACUGGCAACCCUGUCUACUAUGAUAAGGUUAGUUUUGUGCUCUUUCUGGUGUAAUAAGAAGUUUGUAGAUAUUUGAAUUCUGGUGCUGGAGGAGACUCUUGAGAGUCCCAUGGACUGCCAGAAGAUCAAACCUCUCCAUUCUGAAGGAAAUCAGCCCUGAGUGCUCACUGGAAGGACAGAUCCUGAAGCUGAGGCUCCAGUACUUUGGCCACCUCAUGAGAAGAGAAGACUCCCUGGAAAAGACCCUGAUGCUGGGAAAGAUGGAGGGCACAAGGAGAAGGGGACGGCAGAGGACGAGAUGGUUGGACAGUGUCCUCGAAGCUACCAGCAUGAGUUUGACCAAACUGCAGGAGGCAGUGGAAGACAGGAAGGCCUGGCGUGCUCUGGUCCAGGGGGUCACGAAGAGUAGGACACGACUAAACGACUAAACAACAACAUAUAUUUAUUGACAGUGGCUAUAUAUAAUGUCUUUAUUUUUAUUAUGUAUUCUGUGUUUUUAUAUUGUGAUUUUAUGUUGUGAACUGCCCUGAGACCUGCAGGUACAAAUUUUAAUCAUCAUCAUCAUAAUAAAUAAUGGAAAUAAUGCAUAUAUUAAAAUGCAUAAACCAUCAAGGACCAUUAAUUGAUUGACAAUUUAUAAUGAAAUGGUAUUUAAAAGUCUGCCUAGUUCUUCAAAAUUUGUUAAGGCACUAAUUUAAACUUGUUUAAUUGAUGGAAGAGGAUUUGAUUAUAUUCUGUAUUGAGACUAAGCUGUGUUUAUGAUUUUCUUUUCCAUUUAGGUCAUGCAUAUUCGUAAGCUACUUCAAAAAAUGGACCGCCCUAAUGGGCUUUAUCCAAACUACUUGAAUCCAAGGACUGGGCGCUGGGGGCAGCGUGAGUAGUUCCUCCACAUUUAUGUCAAAUUCGAUUAUAUCUAUCUAUCCACGCACACAUAUAAGCGCACAUUCACACAUAGGCACAUUCUGAGACCCAUUUCAGACAUCACAGCCCAGACCAUGGUUUAGCGUUUGGGAACAAGCUUCAUACUCGCAUCCUCCAUCCUCCUCUUUCAUGUUCUGGUUUCUUGUAUCAUGUCCUGGCUAAUAGUAAUAAUAGUCCUGCCUCCUUCAUUGCACAAUUGCAUCAAGCUUUGAUUUGGGGAGUUUGGCUUCAGUAACUUCCAGGAUUAUUUAUCUAUGCUGCACAGUGCAAGCUUCAUUUAUUAGUUUAUGUAGAUAGUUUCACAAUCAGAAUCAGCUGCUUCGAAGUAUCGGAUCCCAGCAGCAAGUCCAUUAACUAAAUUUUAGUAGUUCUUAGUUUCCCAAAGGAAUUUCUAAAACACCCAUGGAAGUAGAAGGCAAGGAGUCUACAGCCUUGCUGCAUCCUCUGAAAAUUUCUUUAACUUUGGCUUGAUACCAUACAGUGGCUUGAACAUCUGAUGUGGUACUGGAAACAAUGUCCUUACAAGUGAGUCUAAAGCAGGGGUCAGCAAACUUUUUCAGCAAGGAGCUGGUCCACUGUCCCUCAGACCAUGUGGUGGGCCGGACUAUAUUUCUUUUUUUUUGGGGGGGGGGGGGAAGGAAUGAAUUCCUAUGCCCCACAAAUAACCCAGAGGUGCAUUUUAAAUAAAAGCACACAUUCUACUCAUGUAAAAACACCAGGCAGGCCCCACAAAUAACCCAGAGGUGCAUUUUAAAUAAAAGCACACAUUCUACUCAUGUAAAAACACGCUGAAUCCCGGACUGUCCGUGGGCCAGAUUUAGAAGGCGAUUGGGCCGGAUCCGGCCCCUGGGCCUUAGUUUGCCUACCUAUGGUCUAAACAAUUGCCAAGAUAGGAGACGCCCCCCCCCCCAAUAACCUCAUCCUUUCCUGUCAGUGUUGUGGGAUGAGCUGUGCUGAGCACUGUGAUAUUUUAUGCACCUGCCAUGCCUUUGGGUAAGUCAGCCUGCAGUUUAACCACUUGUAAGACUGCAUAGAAAUCACAAAGAGGAAAAACUGGUUUACUUACUUCUUUCCAGAGGGGCAGCUGGAUUACAACAAAGGGUCUUGUGACGCCUUUAACGUAUGGUAUCAUGGCAUAUGCUUUUGUGGGCUUGAGUUCAUUUGUUUAUACGUGUGAAGUGUUUUUCUCGAUUUCAUACCUGCAGCUGAAGAUUGCAGGUUGCUUACCUGUGACUACAGUUCUUUGGUCAUUGUGCAGUCACAUAGCCUACCUCCACCUGCACUCCGGAUGCUGCUGUUCUCCUGCUCUUGUUCUGCACUUCCUUAUAUAGAUGCUGCAGUGGUCCAAAAGCAACUGAGCAGGAAAGUGCGAGCCAGGCACCUAGAGCAUGUGCUCUGAGGAUGGGAGUGGAUUUCCUGCCAGAAUGUCUGUUGAACUCUAGAAAAUUCUGAACAUAGGUCAGUGCAAGGAUAGAACCCAUAUGUGUGGCUGCACAGAUAACCACCUGAAAAAACCAGUCACUGGUAAGCAACUUUUCUUUUGCCAUGAGGUACAUGCAGGGUUUUGUUUUUUUAGCAGAAACUCAGGGUAACUGAGUUCCCUUACUCUUUUUAAAUUAAAUACUUAUUUUUUUGUCUGGGGGGGCUGGAACAGAUAAACACCCAAUGCCUGAGCCAAAAAUCCACCUAUAUUUGUAAUCAAUAAAGUUGUGGCCAUUUCUAACACAUAUCAUUGUCGGCUUGAGUUUAUUAAUCACAUAUUACAUUUAGCCACUGCCCCAGGGGAGUGGGGUUGUGGUGGCACUGCGACUGGGUCCGCAGUAAAUUAACUAACUUUGUGGUGAGUUCUCUCACCAUUUUUCCCCCAGAAAAAAAGCACUGGGUACAUGUUCUGCAUGUGGGGGUAGUUACUUUCUUCAAAUCUGUCAGUCUGAUGGCUUAGUUCACUUUAAAAAGUCUUAAGGUUUUAAAAGAUUUCCUUGAUGGCAAAAGUUGGCUUGAAAAGAGACCAGCUUUAUUCUGCUGUCCCCAGCACACAAACCUCUGAAGAGAGCAGAAAAGAUUAGUUAUCUUAACUUACUCAAGAGAGAACAUUAAGCAGUAACAUGAUCACAGUCCUGGAGAGCUUUCAGUGCAGAUAUUGUGGCCAAGUAGAUAAGCUAAGAGCCAGUUUGCAUAUACACUGAGUCAGAUUAUUGAUCCACUUGUCCAAUACUGUGUUUUCUGACAGGAAUCCAAGGUCUAAGGCAGCUUCCCUGCCUGCCCCACUCAACCUUACUGCGUAAAUUGAAUGGGAACAGUCAACUAAUAUAAUUUUAAUAUGGAAUGAAAUGAAAAGCCCACUUUGCUGUUCCGUGAUUGGCACGUUAUGUGACAUGCUUCUCAAGUUUCCCAAUAUGUAGUCGUGUGUUCGAUCAUGGGUCUGGGAUUAGGCAUUUAAGUUCUUGUGUCAAAAAUUCAAAACGUUGCAAAGCUAAUCAGUGAUGGGAAAAGGAAUUAAUUUUCCAUGUCAGUGGUGUAAGAUGAAUUGUGAUGCAAAAUAAGUUAUUUUUAGUAUACCAAAUUCUUAAACCACAGAUUGAUGGAGACGAUUUUUAAAACAGUUGCUUUUCCAGACUUAAGGGUUAUUUCCAGCUAGGUUUUACAAAAUCAGUCAUGUGCAUUCGUUUCACUGAAUCUACUUUGAGUAUGAGUAAUAUUGGAUAUAACUCUAUGGAGUUUGCCCUGGCAAAUCUAGGUAGUCCUGUGCACACCAAAUUUUACCCUCUUUCUCCUUCUUUGUUGCAGAUCACACUUCCAUGGGUGGAUUGGGAGACAGUUUCUACGAGUACUUGCUGAAAGCAUGGUUGAUGUCAGAUAAGAUGGACAUGGAGGCAAGGAAAAUGUAUGAUGAUGCUAUUGAGGUGAUUAUAGUGCAUUGAUUUCCCCCACUUCCCCACAUACACAAUGAGAAUGUCAAUUUUAAAAAUGUUUCUCCCCUUAAAAUGCAAAUGAUUAUUUUGUUUCUAACUCUUUUUAGGGCAGCUAGGUAUACAAUAUGUACAGAUAUACCAUCUUGAUUCAGUUCUGAAGCUGGAGUUACAAAACUGUGGCACUCCCCAUUUUGACAGUUUGCUAGCUGCAUAUUGUGGACUAACAGGCUUUUGAUAACCCUAACCCACCGCACCACUCGAACCUGUUUUUGCAGACUCAGGCAGGCAACAAAAGCAGGUUUAUUAAGCACUUGGCUGUAGCCAGAAUUCUGCAUUUGGUAGACCAGAAGUUGUGCAGACCUGCAGUAAGCACCAUAUUUACACAACUGUGUAAAUGCUGUGAAAACUUAAGAACUGGAUUGUGAUUCCUCACCCUGAAUUGUUUCAGCAGUAUUGUAACUGAAAAAAUACUGGUUGACGUUCUGGAUCAGACUUCCCGGACUUGUCCUCCACAUGUUGCAUGUGAGCAAAAUAUUGCAGUUCUUUAGAUUCCUACCAUCACUGCAGUGUCAGAGUAGCUGUUGAACUGGAAACCUCUGAAAAGUGUCAUUUGCCAAUAUUAGCAUUAAAAGUUGACAGAAGGAAACACCAGCCUUUACUGAGCACUGCUUGCUUCUACUAUGACUAAUUAAAAACAACAACCCCACCACUGGCAGAAUCUGCCCCCACCUUUACAUUGUAAGUAAAACACAGACCUGCUUCCAGAACUUCAACAUCCACAUGGAAAUGCCCUCCCAGCUUAAGAGUUUUAUAAAUUUUGUGAGCAGGGAACUGUUCUUGAGCCAAGACUUUCAACCAACCACUUGCUCAAAUAGGUUACCUUUUCUUAGUGAAGUUCCUGAUUCUGGUACCCUACCUUUAAUUCAAAGUAGGUUUCAUGAAUAUGCUUGCUUUUAAAAGAGAGAAUACCACCCACUGGUCUAUGUUGCUUUUUGUGUACGUAAAAAUCAGUGGUCUUGUAAAUAGCAGUGGAAAGUUCUCUCUCUCUCUCUCUCUCUCUCUCUCUCUCGGUGUAUGGAUUUGCACUCUUCCCAGUAAAUGUCCAAUAAUCCUGAUUUGUUGAAUUUCCCUUGAAGUAAGAAGCCAGGAAAGUUUUUAAGGAGAGGUCGAACCGUCAUCUGUCAUGUAUGAUCUAGUUGAGAUUCCCCUUUAACUCUACAGUUCUGUGAUUCUAUUAUUCUAAGCUGGAGUUUGUCUUACAGCAGCUUGUACGCUACUCCAAAUCCCAUGUGAUGUGCAAGGGACUCAUGCCAGUAUUUGUGAUGGUGUUUCCGUGUGCUGCUCUGGUUUCGCCAGAAGUGGCUUAGUCAUGCUGGCCACACGACCCAGAAAAACUGUCUGCGAACAAAUGUCGGCUCCCUCGGCCAGUAAAGCGAGAUGAGUGCUGCAACCCCAGAGUCGUUCGCAACUGGACUUAACUGUCAGGGGUCCUUUACCUUUACCUUUUAUUUACACGCACCCCUCUGAAAAACAAACCCACACCCCCAGUGUAAUAGUACUGUCUCUGGAGGAGAGGGGAGGAGAAUAAAAGUGUGACUCACUAAGCUAUGCCUCUGCUCUUCUCCUCACCCCCACCUCUAGUUUUGUGGGAAAUGAUUAUGCAGGAUAAAUGCUUAACUCCCAUCAUGCACGACAGAGCAGGAACUAGGUAACUUCUUUCUACACACACACUCUCUCUCUCUCUCUCCCUUAACAAAGAGGUAAGUAGCUACUUAACUCCUGUCCUGUUGAGGAUUCCCAUCCUGUAAGUUUAUCAUUGUUAUUCAUUGGUACCCAACUAUGUAGUUCUUUGGGUGUUUUGCAGGAGAGAAAAGACUUGCUUGGAUACACACGUGUGUGUGUGUUAAAAUUAAUGCAAAGCAUAAAGGAUGCACUUGGGAUAGUGAAUAUUUUGAAUAUUUGAAAUAACUAAAGCUUUUCUGUUUCUUCUUAUAGGCCAUAGAGAAGCAUCUUAUCAGAAAGUCCAAUGGAGGCCUAACUUUUAUUGGAGAGUGGAAGAAUGGGCACCUUGAGAGAAAAAUGGGCCAUCUCACAUGUUUUGCUGGAGGAUUGUUUGCUCUUGGAGCAGAUGGUUCCCGAGAUGAUAAGGCUGGACACUACCUGCAGCUUGGAGCAGAAAUUGCACAUACGUGUCAUGAAUCAUAUGACAGGACAAGUAGGUAUCCUUUCCUGUCUUAAGUUCUGGGUGGCUUUUUUCCUUAAUACUUACUAAUGGCAAUGUGGCUGAAUUUGGAGCAAUUUUGAAAGUACAUGAAAAUGGGGAGAAAAUAUACUGUGUAAGAGAUUAUUAUUUUUUUAGCUCAUGCCCUUUGAGUUUGAAUGGUGAAUGUUCAUUUAAUGACGUGUGCAUUUAAACUUUGUUUUGCCAAGAGAGAAAGCUGCAUAAAAGCACCAUCCAUUCUUAGUAGUCAUGAAUUGUGUGAAAGCUAGAAAAGGAGGUUAUUAAAUUACACAAUAAAAUCCCGUAACAGUGCAAACCAGUAGGAGUAUGCUUACUGUUAGCUUCAAACAAUUUAACUGGAUGAGGAACAUAAAACUAUAUGCUAUGCAUCUUUGUAAGUUGAGAAAUUAUCUAUAUCUGAGUUCAUUUUAACUGUAUUUUUAUUGAAGCUAGUAGCAAAACCUAGAUUAUCCAAAAUUGUGUUUUGCAUUUACCAUGCCUAGGAAAAAAUGAAGCCUGCAUCUCCUGGAGUCCAACACUUGUUAUGACUUGCUCAUAAUUACAGUACAUAACACUCUGCCAUUUAUCCUCAGAAAUAAAAUAUAUUUUUGCCAUAGUUAUCUCUAUGAGCAGCCUUUAAUAACUUGAUCUACUUAGUAGAUUUCAUGAUUCAGUUUAAGCGCUAUAAAUGUCAGUUUCAUAAUUUUGCAGUAACCUCAAAUUUCCUUUUUACACCAGGUUUAAAACAAGCUUCUUGAGUAGUGAAUUCUGUAUUCUUAGUAAAUGAAUCAUAUAGUUGUUCAAUGUAUUCAGUAUUAAUUCUACAACUGUGUGCACAUUCAUUAUUCUUUCAGUAGGUUUUAGAGUGUUCUCACACUACAAAAGGCCUGGGCAAAUUUCUAAGAACUGUUCCAAGUGCUAGUAAGCACAAAGUACCUGUGAGCGUUAAAAACAAACAUAGAGUAAUGUAUGUUAUUAGCAUAUUUGAUAUAGAAUUUCCAUUAAAAGUUAUUAUUUUUCAUGCUUUUUAUUAGUUUUCUUACUUGCUAAACAUACAAUAAAGUAAUCAAAAUAAUAAAAUGACAACAACAACAACAAACACCAAAACCCCCCAGGAAACAUACAUACAACCAUAAAUCCAUAAGUUCUUACACAUGGACUUAUGUCACCAUAUUCUUUAUUCCCAAUUCCUUUUCUUCUCUGACAGAUUUCCAUCUUCCUCAAAGCGGGUCUGUUUUAUCUAUUUGUUAAACUGCUUCUUUUAUCAUUUCAUCAUUUCUGCUGUUUUCCACAUACUAUAAUUAUAAUCCAUAUUAUGGUUGGUGAAAAUUAAUCAAAGCAAAUCUAGGUUUUGACUGGGGGCACUUUUUUAAAAGUAAUCUCUAUAAAUUUCCCAUUCCUUUUGGAACUUUUAGUUGGGCUGUCUCCUAAUUUUCUCUGUCAUUUUUGCCAGUUUCCAUAAAUAAUUAAACCAUUAAAUGUUUCUCCCCCUCCGCCUCUUUCCUCUGCAGCAUUAAAACUGGGCCCUGAAGCUUUCAAAUUUGAUGGUGGCGUGGAGGCAGUAGCAGUACGGCAAAAUGAAAAAUACUACAUUUUAAGACCAGAGGUGAUAGAGACGUAUUGGUAUAUGUGGCGAUUCACACAUGAUCCGAAAUACAGGCAGUGGGGCUGGGAGGCAGCACAGGUAACAACAGAAAGCUUUUCUCUGUGGAAGUCAAAAUGUUUACUGGCAGCCUCUCACUGAUGAAGUGUGAGGAAUAUUGUGUUGCUGCAUAGCUGUCUGUUUCACAAGCGGAGACAUAAAUGCACAUAUAGGAGAAAUGACAAAUAGCAGUAAAUAGAAACAUAUAUCCAAGCAUAUAGAAGAACAACCUUUGUUGAAGCAGAACUAGCGUGGCUUCCGUAAGGGCAAGUCCUGUCUCAUGAACCCAUUGGAGUUCUUUGAGAGUGUCAACAACCAUAUGGCUGUUUUAUUGGCUGGGUUUUUUUGUAAAUGCUAAACAAUGAAGACAGAAGGCAGCACAUGAGACCAGUAUUUGUUUCUCUUUUGUCUCCCUCUGUACCCGCCCCCACCAAAGCCCCUAGAAAAUUGGGGUGGGCUCUCCUGAACAGUGUGGGCUGCAGUGGGAAGAGACAAUCAUAUGAAAUCGAACAGAAGCCCCUUGCAUGAGACAUCUUCACGUUGCAUGCUUUAUGCAACAAAGCUUUGAGUAGUAUUCUGGGGCAAUCAAAUGUAGUAGCAUAAAUGAAGUACUAGUGAAAUAAUUAAGAGGAGCAAGAGUCGUCUCAUAACUUGCAGUGAAUAUUUCUGCUUACCUUAUUAUGUUGUUGCUGAUUUUAAAAACAGUCCUCUACAAAAAAAAUUAACAGGAGCUUGGGAAUUCCAUAUUUUUAAUGUCCUGCAAGAACAGAUUAAAUGCAAGAACAGAUUAACGGACAUUUUGACUAUAAUAUUUCACAUAUUGUUUUCCCGCAUACAACUCCCUCAGCUACCAAAUUGUUCUCUUUUUUGUCUUAACUGUAAAUACCCAGUGUUAGGUCUUGUUUGUCCCUUGCUGUCUUCAUCACUAUAUGGUUAGGUAGGAUUCCACUGUUUCGCAACGGAAUGUGUUAACUAGAUGCAGCAGUGAAAAAGUGUCUAGUAGAACACUCAUUCUGUUUCCCCCACGCCCCAUAUAGGCCAUUGACAAGUACUGCCGAGUGAGUGGUGGAUUUUCUGGGGUCAAGGAUGUCUACUCUUCAGCUCCUACAUAUGAUGAUGUGCAGCAAAGCUUCUUCCUUGCUGAAACACUAAAGUAAGCAGAUUUUUCUUCUUGAAAAUUUUCUUGGAAUUGUGGUGGUCCUAAGAGGCUACUCAGCGCUUAUAGAAUUGUUGCCUAUUUCAUUAUUGUUUUCUUAGGUAAAUUGCAUUUUUUUUGUAAACCACACUGGAAUCUAUUUUGAUGAAUGGCAAUAUAAAUGUUUUAAAUCAAUGUAACAAAUUGGAGUCAACAAAUGAGCUGUUGUUGGGAUGAAUGGCAGAGGUACACCCACCAGAAUGUAAGAUGUAAGCACAAAGACCACCACAGUGUACCUACCUAAACAUGUAAUAGAAAGGGUAUCAAAAUACAUAAUAAGUAUUAGUGACAAGACAAAUGUGGUGUUUCUGUGAUCCUGAAGGUUUGCAAUAUUGACCUUGUUACUAAUUAUCAUUUACACUAUUAUAUAGUGUAUAUUAUAUAGUUUCUGAGUCCCUAUUUUAAGAGGUUGUCUUCUGUAGCACACGUUUACAUCCUGUUUACUGGUGGAUAUUUUAGUGUCAGGCUAUAGGUGUGUUUUACCAGGAAUUUGUUUUUGUUUUCUAUUGACUGGAUUUAAACAUCACACUAAAGGUUGGCUUGGCUCAGACAAACCAUAAUUAACGUCAACCACAGCUGAUUAAUGCUUGGUUGGGUCAGAAUAACAAACCAUGGUUAAUCAAGCACGGAAGUAAAAGCUUCCAAACUUUGUAUUCGCAUCAUGUUGCUACAUCAUGAUUUAGCAUGGUGUUUGUUUUCUUUUCUACUACAAUGCAAAAAUAAAUUACAAAUGCUAUUUACCCUGCCAAUGGUUACCCAAGGGGAAAUGGUGUUUAGUCAAGGCAGUAUUUUUGAGAUUGUUAUGUAUUUUACAUAAAUGUCAAGGCCUUAUGGAUUUUUUCGCAUAUGCAGAGAGGGAGUAGUUAUGAAAUAUAGUGGUAGACUUUUUUUUAAAAAAAAAGGUUGUGGGGACGAUUCCCAUUGGCAAUAAAUGAGGCUCUUGUGUACUGUACUGCACUUAAUUACUCACCAAGACACCUUAUGUUUUUCCAUAUUCUGGAAGGCUGAAUGAAAGCCAGAUACACACAGUGUCAGUUUUACUAUUUGGAGAGACUAUCUCUUCUCCAGCCUGUUUCAAACUACUUUUUCUGCCUUUUAUGAACAAAUGUGUUGAGGGGUGUGUGUGUGACAAAAUGGGUCUUUGUCCGCCUAGUUUCAGCCCUUCCCUGCCCACUUACCCUGGAGAAAGCCUCAUUGAUUUCACAGCAAUGUACUUCUGAGUAGACAUGGUUAGGAUUGCACUGUAAAUUUAAAGAUUACAGAGUUCCUUGGCACAUUAAUUGGAUUAUAAACAAACAAACCUGCAGAACUACAUUAUUGAAUAACGUGUUUACCCCAGUGUUGUUUGUUAACUUCAGAGAUUAGGAAAUAAUCAUGACUUGAAAGCCAUUAUUCUGAGUGAAGAGUUCUGAGAAAUAUUUUAGUCUACAGCUAAUGUGUCCCUGGCUUGAAUACUCAGAUCAUUUUGGCUUUCUGAGCUGGGUCUUAACGAUUUGUUCUUUGAGUCUUCUAAAUAAAUACUUUCUGGGUGGAAGCAUAUAUUAUCAGAUAACGUCUCUUAGAGGUCUGAAAAUAAAAGGACUCAGUUUAUGGGUGUGCAUUGGAGACUUACAGGCCAACAUCACACUUUUCACUAAGGCUAAUGAGCACCAGGCUGACAUUUCACUACAGCCAAAUGGAAUUUGUUCAUGUUAUGUUCAUAAUACUUCAGUCUUGAAAAUGCAGUGAAAAUCCAGUUAUUUCAAAGAGAACACUUCUGGCAAUCAUGGCAGUGUUAUUAAUUUUGGUGGAUAAAAUCUAAAUCAUAAGGUUGAGAUUAUUAUUUUUAAAAGUAUUUGAACAAGAACUAGAUAAUUAAUCCAUUAAAAACAUUUUGAUCCAUUAUAAAAUGCACAGUUAAUUGAGCAGAAGAGUUAAAAUAACCAUCAUAAUUUUUUUAAAGCAAGUACUGUAUUUUUCGCCCUAUAGGACGCACUUUUUCCCCUCCAAAAAUGAAGGGGAAAUCUGUGUGCGUCCUAUGGGGCGAAUGCAGGCUUUCGCUCUCCAGGCUUUAGGAAGCUAUCAGCAAGCCUGGGGAGCCCGCGGGAGUUCCCGCAGGGCUCCCUAGGCUGCAGAUAGCAGCCUGCUGCCCGGAGUGCGGGGCGCGCUGAAGCCACGGCUGGGGGGGGGGAUAAAAAUUUUUUUCUUUACCCCCCCCCAAAAAAAAUAUGUGAGUCCUAUGGGCCAGUGCGUCCUCUAGGGCGAAAAAUACGGUACUUAUUUUAAAAAAGGUGGAUGGUGAGAAGCAUUCCGUCCUAUAUGAGAUACGGGGGACUGUUUCUUUUAUGAUGGAACCCACUCUGAUUACAUUCCUGCUUUAUUUAAAGCAAUAAUGUUUUCUCUUUCAGAACAGUUGUUGCAGAUCGUAUGCAAAUUAUAGAAUUUAUAGAAUUUCAGUUGAUUAAGUGAUCUGCUACAACUUCUUUAAUGGGUGAUAUUUUAACCGGAAAGUUCAUAAUUUUUCUGAGGUUAUCUAGGUUAGACCAGACAUAUGGUGACAAACAUUCUGUUGCUCAUUCCAACUUGUUUUCUCUCUUUACCUUGACAGGUAUUUGUAUCUGCUGUUCUCCAAUGAUGAUCUCCUACCUUUGGAUCACUGGGUUUUUAACACAGAAGCUCACCCCUUGCCUGUUUUACAUCUAGCCAACACAACACUUUCAGGAAAUCAUGCAUAUCGAUAGAAACUAUUCCAGGACAAGGACAAAAUACUUCGUUUUAGCUGUGUUUUGUUUACAUGGACCACUUCAGACUUAAGGCUUGAGAGAAGACUGGCAUUGUUUAAUUAAUGAAUAACUUUGAAUGAAGAGAGGAUCAAAACUGCACUCUUAAGCAUGUACAUAAAUUUAAAAAUUCCAUUUUAUACAUGACCAAAACUAUCAAGUGCAGUGUGUGUCAGCGAAAAGACCUUGUAUAUUUGCAACUGAGAAGGUGGAGCAUGGUGUUUUUAACAAUUCAAAGCCUAUCGGAACAUGUUUCCUGCCCCGUGACAGGAGUGAAGUGGAACGGCUACUACUGACCUUCGUAGUGAGCGAUCUCCUGCCCAGAUGAUGUGGAUUCCUGAUAUUAUGUCAUUUGGUUUUUCUUUCGAUGAUGGCAUGACUGAAACAAUGACAGGCAACAAAAGUGCACUAAUAGCACCUAGAGCUGAAAUUCCUCUACUCCUGUUUAGAAUUUUCUACUUUUCAUCAGUCUGUCCAGACUGGCAGCCAUUCCCAGUGCCUCUCAGACCCUUGCCUAUUUUUAUUAUUGUUAUUAAUAAUAUUGAUCAACCAUUUGUUCUUGUAGUAUUGUUCAUCAGUAAAUGAGAUAUGAAACGGAUCAGCAACUUCUCUCGGUUUUCCUUUUAGGAUUUGGAAAGCUCCAUUCACUGCAGCGUCGCUUCUUACACUAUGACAAAACCGCCCAAUGCAUCUGCCACUUGGUCAAGAUUCCCUUCAAUUAAGCUGCAAUAACUCAACAUUUGUCUAUGAAGCCGGGAGUUUCAUUAAACUCUCACUUUUUUUAUUUGUAUAUUAUUCAGAAAUGGAAGAACUGUUCUGUAAGAGAUGUUUUUACACGUCCUCUGAGUAAGACUUUUACCAGGGUAUAAUGGUGCUUGGUUUUUGGAUCUUUUGGUACGGCGGAAGUGUGAGGAUGAGUUUGUCAGCCUUCACUUACACAAUAGAAAUCCUACCACUUGAUUUCUAAGUAACUGGAAACAUAACACUUACUGGUGGGUACAUGAUAGUGGACAGCAGAUCAACAGAAAUGUUUGUGUGAGUUUUACUUUGCAGUGCUUCCUUGUCAUUACUAAAUGCAAUUGAUAACAAUUUGGGUUAGAAAUGGCUCCUUUCCUGUCAGGUCCCCCACCCCAGUUCAGUUAAAAGAGAAUCAUUCAGUAUUUGGGGGGGCGGGGGUUAGUUGGAUAUUUAAAUAUUUUGUAUGAAUAUUUUUCAUGUACAUUGGAAUCUGAUUUCCUGGUGAAUGCAGAUUACAAGCAUUUAUUUUUGUUGGUAUGCAUCCCUUUUAAAGAGUGCUGAAUUCCAAAAACGUUGACCAAGUUAUCCCAUUGGGACCUUACUGUGCCUCAAGGACAGCCAAUCUGUAACUCAGCACACCAUUUUAACUAGGUAACUGGUAACAAACCUAAGAUCCACUUGUGGUGGAAGAUAAGUUAAAUAUUUAACAUAUUGCGAUCCCUAGGAUGGAGAUCACUCUACCCACUUUGCACUGGUACAGUACAGCUGGGCUUCUGGCCAGGAUCAUGCUCCAUUCUAAUGUGAAACCCAAUAUAUGUGCUUGUCUCUAGCCCACAUAAUUGCAGAGGUAAAUCUAAAACUUCAUGGUAUAUUUACAGUAGAGAAAGGUGGAAUUCUAGACCUUGGGAGGUUGAGUUAUUCCUUGCUUAGCACAACUACUGGACAGCCCCAUGGUCUCCACUCCCAUGUUGCCACCCCCACAAACCUGUUUUUUACAUUUCUGCAUCCUAAUGUUUUCUUUAUGCUCACUUUUUCUUUCCCAGGCCCCCAAUAAACUCAAAAUUCUAAAUUCUGCAUGAAAAAGACAACAUAUGCAAAUCAAAAUCAUGUGCUGUUUUUGAACUGUAGCCUGGCAAUAGAAUUUGGAAUAUUUUGAUGCAAAGCUCUGUAGAAGUUGUGUCUAGCAUAACGUUGGAAAUUGCUCUCCAUAUGCUGCUUAUACUGUUUUUAUUGAGCCUAAGUCUUGGAACAUUGACAAUGUUCUCAUCGAGCCAGUGUGGUGUAGUGGUUAAGAGCGGUAGUCUCGUAAUCUGGUGAACCGGGUUCGCUACCCCGCUCCUCCACAUGCAUCUGCUGGGUGACCUUGGGCUAGUCACACUUCUCUGAAGUCUCUCAGCCCCACUCACCUCACAGAGUGUUUGUUGUGGGGGAGGAAGGGAAAGGAGAAUGUUAGCCGCUUUGAGACUCCUGAAGGGGAGUGAAAGGCGGGAUAUCAAAUCCAAACUCUUCUUCUUCUUCUUCUUCUUCAUCGAAAUCAGUGGCAAAACGCUGUAUGAUGCAUGGAUAUCCAAAGUGAUUGUUUUGUUGAAAAGUAAAAAUUGAGGGGGCUAGAAUGGUUUUCAGCCUAAGUAGAGUGGAAUUGGGCUUUGUAUUAGGCUGAAUAGUUUUCAGCCAUUUUCUGUACAUGGAAACGGUGCAUACUCAUGCUGGUACUACAUUACUGCUACAUUUGUCUUCCCUAAAACAUUGAUGUGCAGCAGAUAGUAAUCUUCAUUUUAGAGCACAAACAAUACAGUGUCAUUGUUGGGAAGACUUGGAUGGAUUAGCUGAUUUUGUUUGUUGAAUAGCACCAGUGUACUGGCAGUCUUAUCAUCCCUCCAUGCUUAUUUUAAAAGUUUUUCAGACCACUCUGCAUGCAGUUUCUUCCAGUUUUGAGUUUGCUUCUCUACCCCACCCCCUUACUGGUUUCCAGUGUGCAUGAGUAUAUUGAUUAAAAUGGGCCUGAGCAUCUGGAUCUACUGGAUAGAUCUCUGAGAUAUUUGUAAUAGAUCUGCAACAGUUUCUGGCCUCUGUUUUUUGAAAAAAACAAAAGCAGCAACAAGUAGCUUUCUCAUUUCACUUUUCUAAAUUAGGCUGUUGAAGCUAGGGAAGCUUGGGGAAAAUUAAGAGUAGAUUUUUUUAUGUGAAAGGCCUGUGGGCUCUGUUCUACUGCUGCAAACAAAUUCCUGACCCGUGCAUGUACUCAGAGGCUUCCUGUUUUAAGUGUAUAUAUAUUCCCUCCCCCCCCACACACAUUUUGCAUGGGACUUCAGAGAAGAAGACACAAACUGAACGUUGUGACAAGUUAAACCAGCUGACGUGGAAUAUAGGGCAGAGCCAACCCGUUAAAUAGUGGACAUUAGCAACCCACAGAGCUCCCUAGAUCUGAUGCCCCUGUCCACUUGCUGUCUCCAAGCAAGUGAGCAGUGACAGGAAAAAGGAGCAGGCGAGCAGCCUCAACCUGCCUCUCUGGGCAAGUGCUGUAGGAUGAGCCUAGAGCAGGCACCCCCAACCUGCAGCCCUCCAGAUGUUUUGGCCUACAACUCCCAUGAUCCCUAGCUAACAGGACCAGUGGUCAGGGAUGAUGGGGAUUGUAGUCCAAAACAUCUGGAGGGCCGAAGGUUGGGGAUGCCUGGCCUAGAGGGACAGGUCAAGCUAGUCACCAAUAGUGGUAAGGAAGAGAGUAGGCUACUUGGAGUGGUGAGAGGACCUAUUACAGGCCUCUUACUCAAACCCUGACCCUAAGCAUCAAGCUGUUAAGCCCUAAUAAUGUGGGUUAUGUUUUAACUACAUAUUGGGGGGACAGGAAGAGGAAAAAUGCUUGCCCUCUGAAAAAAUAGAAAUACUCCCCCCCCCCCCCCAAGAUAGAGGGUUGGGUCUGAGGAUCACCCAUGGAGAGCUCUUUUCAUGACACAGGUUAAUCCAAUGCUACAAUACACGCAAUCACCAAAAAUAGAAAUUGGAAGUUCAGCAUAAAUAAGUACUCCAAUAAUUCAUAGUCACUCAAGUUAAUUGUGACUUGUGCGGCUAUUCGCUGAAAACCAAAAGCUGAAUGAAAUUACUAUAAUUGCUUUCCAAGCAUCAUUGAAACUAAUUACCUAAUUAGUCUUUAAUGACUUAAGGCAAGUACUUCUGUUCCAUUUUAAAAGAGUGGUUUAAAAUUAGAUUUUCCACUUGUUAUAAUCGCUAGUAAUUUGAGCUUCUGCACACUGCUUUUGCAUCAGGAGGACUGAAGGGGGGGGGGAAGCAUUGUGUCUCUCUAAAAGUUCUUUUAUAUUCUUCAGAACAUACAACACCCUACCCAGAAAUAAAAUACUUCUCCCAAUUCUAGAGAGAGAGGUCAGGGACAGAAUUAUAUAGAGCCAGAAAUAGAAAGUCUGAAUUCAUGCCUGCUGAUUUGCUUUCCUAUCUAUCACUAUGCCUUGAGUUAUAAAAGUGCUGCUUGCAUUUGUUGCUUUGGUAAGUCUGCUACAUGGGGUGAACUCACUGCCAUGAAAUAUGUCAAAUUUUAAAUCCUGAGCCACUUCAGAAAAUUUCGCUAAUCAGAUGCAAUGCCAUUUCCCUCUUGUUUGGCCAUGCAACAAAUUGAAUAUAUUUGCUUCAUUAUUGAGUUUAUCACAGUAUUUGGUUUUGGGAGUUCUAAUGCCAUCCCUGCUCUCCCUUCUCAAGCUUUAUGCAGUACAGAGACAACAACUCUAUUAUAGUUUGUGUACCUUCUUGACAGCCAUGAAAUGUGGCUGUUCAAGUCUGGCUUCAGUGGACUCUAGAUUUUCUUUUUCAGGAAUUAAGAUAAUCCGAGGAAUGAAUUCAUACGCUGCUACAUGUGAAGUGUCACUUGUUAAUGUUAAAAAUGUGAAAGACAUCACAGAUUGACAGGCCAUAAUGAACGGCUCAUAAUCACAGCAAUUGUUUAAACUAUGUGUUGAACCCAUUAAAAUCUAGCUGCAACAAUGGUACAUGAAUGCACUGAGUUCUUGUUUUAAAGAAGAAAAAGGAUACAAGUAACAACUAAAAACAAAUACAUUAGAAUUAGUAGGUUUUAAAAAACAUUUUGUCGCUCCUGUUCUACUUUGCUUCAGACAUGUUAGAUUUACUUAUUUACAAGUCCUACAUUCUAACAACACACGGUUCUGGUUUAUCCAGUAUUUUUGCAACAUGCUCACUUGUCUCCUCCAAACAAAAUUUUAAUAAUGGACAACACCCAUUUUCUCUGUACUUGGUUAUUUAUGUACAUGCCUGGCAACUGAUGUGUGACCUCACUCCAUAAUUUUUAUGUGGAAUGCAAAAGCUCUCUGUGGUCACAUGUGCAAGUCAUCACUUGCUAUUGUAGACAUAAAAAUGCUGAACAUGCAAAUAUUCAGUUCUAGACAUGUUUACUCAUGAGUAAGUCUCCGAUUGCAGUGAGGACUCUAUUCCAUUGAACUCAAAGGGGCUUACUUCUGAGUAGACAUGCCUAUGAUUCUGCCUGUGCCUAUGAGUAGACAUACCUUUGUCUGCUGUAUAGUAUUUUCCCCCUGCUAGACCAAGAACAUGUGUGAUUUAGACUCAAAUAUUUUAAAUUACGUAUUUUAAUGUGGAGUACUAAAGCUCCAUUUUCUGAAUGAAUAGGAACAGUACUCUCCAUCAAGGAAAAAUCCUCUAAUUGACUUCAGCUGUUUUCCCCCCUAAAAUGAAUAUAUUCUCUUAAAGAUCCUGGGUUCUUUUAAACAACAAAAAAAAUCUCUUUGAUUGUCCACUCUAGAUGUUUAUACAUUUACAUAUAUACGUCUUAUAUUUUUCUUCCUUGAAAAUACUUGGCUAGUUGAAAUAAUUCAUCCCCCCACCUCCGAAGGCAACUUUCCUAUAUGUUUAAAAGCCAUAAAUAUCUAGGGCAGAAUCCUUCUAAGAGAACCAGAGCCAAUCAGCAGGGAUUUUUUUUUUUAAAGCACUGCAUUUGAGCUAUUUAUAUAAUCUCUAUAUGCAUACACUUUUGGAUUGCUUGUAUAGUUCAGUUACUUUUUACACCGUUAAAAGGAGGAGAUAACAAAGAACAAUUCAGUUAGUGUAGGAAUUGGGAACCUGUGACCUGCCAGAUGUUAAGACUGCAACUUCCAUCUUCCCUGCCCCUUAACUAUGCUGGCUCAGCGUGAGAGUUUAGUCAGACAACAUCAGGAGAGCUACUAAUUCCUUAUCCCUGGGCUUCAUGUAUCAGGUUGGUGACCAUUUUUGGCUUUUGGACUGCCAUUAAUACACACAAAGGGGGCUUGGCUCAUUCAUUAUUGUGAUGUCAAUCUGUAGUGGUGCAAUUGUUGAUAACCACAGGCCUAGGGGCACCUCUGCUUGAUUUAGUCCAUCUACCAUGAAACACUUAUUCAUAGUGGAUGUUGGCUGUCAUCCUGCCUCUUAUUUCACUUUCCUAAAGUUUAUAUUUUUCUUCUGAAAUAUUAAAACGGGCAAGAGUCAGCCUUGUGAACUGGGGAGCUUCUGGCUGUCUCUGAGCUGGCAUCCUGCAUAUGUAAUUUUUAAAAGUUUAAAAAGAAUAUUGUAUAUAAAAAAUAAAGAAUGUCUUUAAAAGAAA